UGUUUUUCUAUGUCUAUUUCUGCUGCUCUUGAUGGUUUUCUUCAGCGGUGUUUGUUAAACAGAGAUGUCUUUUGUCUAACAGCUUAUUAUUUGGUUUAUUUCGGGUUAGUUUGCAGUUUUUAGCCCAAACCCGGUUCUAUCGCAUCGGUUCUGUUCAGAAGCACGAUCAGAUUUAGAUGAUUUAUAGUUUCGUUUAAAGGAGUGUUAAAACAGUUGGAUAAAUGCAAACUAUAUAAAAAGCAUCCCCAAAUUAUUUAAAUAUUGAGCAGUAUUUUUAUAAUAAAUAAAUAAAAUCUGGUGUUUAAAAGUGUCAAUGUUUUUCCUAAAGCUUUAACCAGAGGAUUACUGUAUAAAGUGGAAUGAAUGCUGUUUUUCUGUCUGUCUGUCCUGUUUUCAGCCUGACCCAGUCAGUCCAUGGCUGACCACCAUGACCUCGUUAGCCUCCUCCCCCCCCAGGCGUGUGGUGCAGCAGCUGCAGGACACAGCUGGUUCCCUGGACCCCCUCCACCCAAGUAUUCCUGCACCUUGACCCCCGAACUGGUGGCCAAAGCUCGGGAAGAGCUCCAGGAGAAGCCAGAGUGGCGUCUACGAGAUGUCCAAGCGCUGAGAGACAUGAUUCUGAAGGAACAUCCCAACCUCAGAACCAGGCUGGACGACGCCUUCCUGCUGCGCUUCCUGCGGGCCAGGAAGUUCGACUAUGACCGCGCCCUGCAGCUGCUGCUUAAUUACCACGCGGGCCGUAAGGCCUGGCCGGAGGUCUUCCAGGACCUGAAGCCGUCCACCGUCAAACACGUCCUGGACCUGGGUUUCCUCACCGUCCUGCCGAGGCCCGAUCCCAACGGGAGAUACAUCCUCUUUCUCCGACCUGGGAAAUGGAAAGCAGACGACUAUCCCUUUGUGGACAACGUGCGAGCCAUUUAUCUGACUCUGGAGAAGCUGAUCCAGCCUGAAGAGACGCAGGUGAACGGGAUCGUCAUCCUCGCCGACUACACGGGGGUGGGAAUGUCGCAGGCAUCCAAUCCAGGCCCUUUUCUUGCUAAAAAGGUGGUGAGCAUUCUGCAGGACGGCUUCCCCAUCAGAAUCAAGGCGGUUAACAUAAUUAACGAGCCUCGUAUUUUCAAAGGCAUCUUCGCUCUAAUCAAGCCGUUCCUGAAGGAGAAGAUGGCAGAGAGGUACGUCCUCCACGGCUCAGACCUGCGUUCUCUGCACCGGAACAUCCCACCCUCCGUCCUGCCGGAGGAGUACGGCGGCCCCGCCGGCCGGCUGGACGUCAGCGCCUGGUCCAGGCUGCUGCUGGACUGUGAGGAGGAAUUCAUCGUGGAGUUCUGCCAGCCGGAUCCACUAGAGGGCGUAGUGCUCCCAGAGUCCAUGCUGUUUGAUGGAGAAGAGGCUGCAGGGAAGGAGGAGGACACCUUCAGAGGGCUGCGCUCUCAGCUUUACUACUGUUACUGAUGUUCCCACAGCCAGUCACUGAGGGAACCUGUCCUGUUUCAUCUGAAACAUCCGUUUAAACCUUUAUUGGGCGACUUGUCAAUACUCUACAUCAUAGAUUUUACACUAUUUAAAAUCCACUUUACUUUCAUAGGCGUCCAGUAUUUGGUGGCCCUCCAAGGCAGCUCCACGCUUUCUGCUGAAGACACGAACUGACUCGAGUUCAGACUCUUUUCUUGUUUUUUUCACCUCCACUGAUGGUUAAAUUAUACAUUUAUUUUCUUCAACAGUUCCAUGCUUGGAUGGUUAUCACUUCUUUAGGGUAUGAAAUCUACUUUAAUAGAUAAAAAUAUAAAAAAAGAUCAAAGUUUUUUUCUUAGAAUCACAAAGUUUAAGUUGUUCUGUUACAAAGACUCCUUUUAGAGUUUAUUUGAAUCUAGUCUAGUAAAUUUC